AUUAAUAGUACUAAGAGGACAAGCAUGUGUUAAAUGUAGAAACCAGUCAUGCUUAAUUUGAAAAGUCGAUAAACAUACUUUCGCUUUUGUUUCUACUUUCGUUUGGGUGUUUAAUUAGCAAUCAUUUCUGUACAGUUUGAAUAGUAGCAGUAGAUUAGAGCGACAAAUAACGACAUUGUGUGGAAUAUAUAUGUCAGUCUGUUCUGCUAAGUGUUCAGUUUAAAUAACAGUGUCUUUAAUGACAUGUCUACAAGAUAUAGAAAACGGGAAUUCGUAGUUGCUACGGGCGACGUGUCAGUCCAGUGAGUUGUUUAUGUCAGACACACUGUCAGUGUUGUGCUGAGGUCGCUCGUAGAGUUUUUGUUUUGUGAGGCUGAAAACGACAUUUUGUCACCGAUAAACCUGUAACUAGUUCGUUCGCAUCAUACAUUAACCCAAAGGUGUAAGGUGUUGUCAAUUUUGAGUCAAGUAGGUCACGCCAUUUUGCAGGUUGAUCCCUCAUUAUGGCGAAAGUAGUGGAACAACAUGAAAGAGAGUGUGCUGUAUGUACUAAUGACUUCACCACACCAAAGAUUCUACCCUGUGGUCAUCUCCUGUGUCUGGAAUGUGUCAUGUCUUGGAUUAAAUCAAAAUAUGACGCCGGAUGUCCUCUGUGUACCUGUCCUAUAGUAGAGCAUCAAGGUAAUUCAUCUCCAAGUGCAGCCGAUGUUUGCAGCGCCCUGCCUACAGACUUUGUGAUGGAAGUGAUAGUAGAAAAUGCUCGCGUGCUGGUGAAGGAUGGCAUGUGCACAAUAUGUGAUGACGUCACAGCUGAGUACAUCUGUAUGCAGUGUUUUGAAAAGAUGUGUCCAUCGUGUAUGAAGAUACACAAGAAGAUGGUAGCUACCCGCAGUCACGAUGUGGAGAGUGUCAGCACUGUGACACCUGAACGUCUGGCUGCCAGCCGCCCUGCACUGUGUGCUGACCACGGCGACAAACCGGCGGAGUUAUUUUGUGUUGAUGACAGUCUUCUUAUCUGCACAUCAUGUUUCUAUAAUAAACACAAUGAAUGUCUAAAUAUCAAAGAUCUGAAUAACGAAAUGAAAGCAGCUGAAAAAUCACUCAGUUCAUUAACAGAGAAAUUAGCUAUGGGGAAAGACAACCUGAAGCAAGCGAUAGACAAUCUAAAUAUGCGCAUCCAACAAGCGCAUGUCACUGAAGAGCGAAACAUGGCGCUGGUAGACAAGACAUGUGACAGUCUUCAGAAGAUGGUGGACGAGUGUCGGAAACAACUGAAAAGACUGAUCAGUGAUUCUUUGUCUCAAUUCAUAAAAUCCUUGUGUGACGUCAAAAGCGAGCUGGACAAACGUUUAGGGAAAGUGACGUCACACAAACAUCUCGUGACGCGAGCCACAACGGUCAGACCGUGUCCCGCGCUGAUACAAGCAGCCCAGACUCUGACAGACAGGGUCAACAGCCUUGACCUCAGUGCCGACCUGGAAGCAGAGCCUUGGGUGAAUCCAUCGCCAGAAAUAACGAAACACUUUGACGAUGUGGGGAAACAAUUAACGGCUGACCUACAUACUAUGGAACUACAGCUGGCUGAGUUUGAAGCCAUACAUGCACCAGUCCUAGGUUCACGAAAACUCGCGGAAGCAACAUAUUGCUGA